CGGGACUUCCUGUAGCGGAAGGGUGGUGAGACGCCGCACGCCUCAGCAUUACUUCCUUUUGCGGGUUGGCGGGGAGUGAGGCGGCAGCACCAUGAAGGCCUCAGGCACCCUGAGAGAGUACAAGGUAGUUGGACGCUGCCUGCCUACUCCCAAGAGUCCAGUGCCCCCUCUUUAUCGUAUGCGCAUCUUUGCUCCUAACCAUGUUGUGGCCAAGUCCCGGUUCUGGUACUUUGUUUCCCAGCUGAAAAAGAUGAAGAAGUCUUCUGGAGAAAUUGUGUACUGCGGCCAGGUCUUUGAAAAGUCCCCACUUAGGGUGAAAAACUUUGGCAUCUGGCUGCGCUACGAUUCCAGGAGUGGGACCCACAACAUGUACAGGGAGUACAGGGACCUGACCACGGCUGGUGCUGUCACUCAGUGCUACCGAGAUAUGGGUGCCCGUCACCGUGCCAGGGCCCACUCCAUCCAGAUUAUGAAAGUGGAAGAAAUUCCUGCCAGCAAAUGCCGCCGGCCUGCAGUCAAACAGUUUCACGACUCCAAAAUCAAGUUCCCUCUGCCCCACAGAGUCCUGCGUCGCCAGCACAAACCACGCUUCACUACCAAGAGGCCCAACACCUUCUUCUGAACACAGAGUUGAGGAGGCACAUAUUUUGUUUGGUCUGUUUAAAUAAAUUUUCCAGUUGGAAACUUG